UAACAAUCACCAUGCCUAAUGUCAGUCUGACAACGUCAUCAGUUCAGCAGUUCAUUAUUGUUGGCUUUCCAGGAUUUCAAGAUCUUAAAAGCAAAACCCUUUUUUCUGUGUUUUUCCUCACUGCCUACCUGUUAAUAUGCCUGGGGAAUCUCACCAUCAUUUUAACACUCACAAUGGAUGAAAAUCUGCACAAGCCCAUGUAUGUGCUGGUUUGCAGUCUGGCCAUUCUAGACAUUGCUUUUUCAUCUGUCACAGUUCCGAGAAUACUGGCCAUUCUCAUGUUUGACAGCAAUAUAUCAUUUGAUGGUUGUUUUGCUCAGCUUUUUCUGUUCCAUGCUGUAGGAAGUUCACAGUCCUUUCUUUUGAUGCUGAUGGCAUAUGACAGAUUUGUGGCUAUCUGUAAUCCACUUCGGUAUCCCACCAUUAUGACCAAUCGAGUUAUAUUGAAAUGUAUUAUUUUAUGUUGGUUUGGUGGACUCAUUGCUCCUGUUAUUCCACUCAUUCUGGCUCUUAGACUGCCUUUCUGUGGCCCCAAUAAAGUUAUGCAUCUCUACUGUGAACUUGCUUCUGUGGUCCGACUGGCUUGUGCUGACAUUUCAGUUAACAAUUAUGUGACUUUGGCCAUUGCUAUGUCUGUUAUGAUUAUCCCCUUGACGUAUAUUUUAUAUUCCUAUGUAAGGAUUAUCAUGUCAGUGCUCAAAAUUGCCAGUUCAGAAGGACGGGUCAAGGCUUUCUCUACUUGUGGAACACACCUGGUGGUAAUUUUUAUCUUUCUUUUUACUGCUGUUUGUGUUCAUAUUUCCAACCGGAUUCCAGGCACCUCUGAAGAUGUACGCAUAAUGGCAGCAGGGGUCCAAAAUGUGAUUCCUCCACUAAUGAACCCAGUCAUCUACUGCUUAAGAGCUAAAGAGAUUAGAGAUAGCUUUGUAAAAACUCUCCGAAAGUGUAAAAUGUUAUCAUUCUGAAUUAAAUAAUUUGUGUAUUCUGAUAUGAUUGGAAUUCAAAUGUAUCAUAUCUUACCCGUGAAUGUAUAUUUAAGAUUUUAGGGUAUUUACCAAUUACAUACUCUUAAAACAGAGAAUAACAUGUAGCCACGUGUGUCAAU